AUGAAAUUUGUUUGUGGGGCUAAACAUCUUAAAUCAAAUUUCAUCAUGAAAUUUGUUUGUGGGGCUAAACAUCUUAAAUCAAUCACGAAGUUUCCAUUGUCACAAAAACACCAUACUGAACCACAACCCAUCAUCAAUUCCUUCAGCGCACUGGCAGUAAGUAGCAAAGGGAGCAGCCACCAAUCGAAUGAAACCAGCGUGUAG